AUGGCUGCUCAUCGAGUACCUAGACCUACUCCAUGUCAUGUUGGCUCAUGGGAGCGCGCCAAUGGCGGUGCAAGCACUACUUCCUGCAGGAACGGCGGCUCGUUGAAAGUCUCGAAUCUGACAGGAACGGCAGAAGAGGGGAAUUUGGGAGUUAAGGUGAAACCGAACGAGGCAGCAGCAGCAGAUCGGCGUGAGUGUCGGUCUAUUCAUUUGUCGGCCUUUUAUCUCUCUGCAGGCUGGUGUGCCGGUACUACCAUACAGUCUACGUCCAUGACACUCUAUGCCUCAUCUAUGCUCUAUGCUCUAUGGUGGCAUACCGGUAUGCCAUGCUCAUUACUGUGCCCCCACUACUUUCCAGCAUGGGCAAAGACAUUGAAGCUACAUGGCCUGGAUCAGCAGCCAGCAAAGCCUAUCGAUGACAUAUGGUACAUGUCUACAUGGUACAUGCCCACCAUCUUCUUGGCCCUUUUGUCAAUCUUCCACGGCGUCGAUCCUCAAGACUCCCUCUCUUGGGACGCCUCCAGGCGGGAGCGGAAUCUUGCGUGGGCCGCCAUGUGCAUGGAUGUGUUCCCGUACCACAUAGCUCCGCUGCGAGUGGCUGGUCUGCGUUCGUAUCGACAGGCUCAGGUCCUGUCAGCUUCUUCUCGUCCACAUUACGGAUCAGAGGAGCGGCCGUUUUGUUUCAAAAGGCUAAAGUGGGACCAUCGUCUGGGUGUUUGCGGCAUGGGUUUGGCUGCCAGGUGCCCUUGCAGAUGCCAGUCGAUUGGCUGCCUGGGGCAAACCUUUGCUCUGGCAGAAUGUAACGAGUGGGCUGCUGCUGCUGCUUCCACCUCCUCGAAUCAAGCCUUUGCUAGAGCAAAGCAGCACUCUCUUGCGAAUUCCUUGCCCUCGAAGCUCUUCGUCGCACAUUGGAAGGGUCCUUGUGGGAUGUACCCUCCCCCCCAGCAUCUCCAUUACAUCAUCAACCCUCAGUUGACUCGCGCCUGCUGGACGUCCCGUAUCAUCACAAAGUACAAUCACUUGGGCGGCGUCAUACUAGUCUGUCGUUUUUCACCUCGAACCCCUCCUUCGAGCCCUCCUCAGUUGGCCUGGCAAAGAGUAGUUACUUGCAGAGCCAGUAUAGUUCGUCAAGUUCGACAACGACAAGAGAGGCCAGAGUACGCCAGUGCCGACCAGACGACUACUGCGAAUCUGCUAGCAAUCAGUCUGGGAACUGCGUCGCAUGGCAUUGAAAUUUGCUGA